AUGAAAUCCCGAGCUGCGUCCCAGGCUCUGAGCCCCAGUCCCAGGCUCCGAGCCCCAGCCAAGGCUCUCUGUAUACGCGACACACCACCCAGAGCAGCGCUGGGCGUUUACCCUGUUUUUGUGCUUGUUGCCCUAGGCAGCGCAAUGCUCGUUUUCCUAGGCAGCGCGGGUCACGUGCGUGCUCCCGCUGCCCGCAAGCCCGCUGCCCCCUGCCGCCCUGCGCCUACCACCCCCGGCCGGCGCCCGCUCCCCGCUCCGGCCUCGACUCCCCGCCGGCCUCCCCCUGGUGCGCUCCGCGCGCAGUCCUUAGGGAGUGCUAUAAUUCCGCCACUAGCGGUUCGCGCUGCUGGCGCUCUUUUGACUUAUUUGCAGUCCCCCUGUUGCUGUUGUGUAUGCGCGGCGCCUUGUUGCGGCGCUUGUUGCGGAGGACAAGCAGUAAAGAAGAAGGAGGAAGAGGAGAAGGAGAAGGAGGAGGAGGAGAAGGAAGUAGAGGAGAUAGAAGAGGGGGAGGGGAAGGAGGAGCAGGAUGACGUAAGCUCUUAG